AUGCGCGAGCCAGGGAAGUCGAACACAAGCGUCGGCAGCGGAAAACCAACGACACUGACGAGUGGGAAUAACUUGACUUCACUGCCCGAGGACUUCGGCGAGGACUAUCCGGCCCUGAAGUUUCUAGAUUUGGGCAGCAAUUCUCUGGCCACUGUAACCAAGGCUGGCUUGGCGCCCCUUCUUGACGCACCCAUCGAAGCCAUCGAGCUCGGCGGCAAUCCAUUGAUGUGCAACUGUUCGGUGGAGCACCUGCGCGCCUUCCCGGUCGAGUUGCUGAGUGCCGAUUGCUGGGCACCUGAGGCGCUGUGGCGGAGGAAAGUGCAGGAGCUCACAGAUGAAGACCUCCAAUGCUCGUCAUGAGAUCCCUUCGUGUAUGCGUCUCAUUGCAGGCUAAUCGCAAACUUUCUUCAGGGUCAGUACAAUCAAGGACACUACGACUACACACAAGAGCGACGCAAUUGAAUGCGCUACAACAAAACGUCUCCUUGGUAUGGUGCUCUGUCCCACAUCUGCGUGAAUCAAUAGUUGUUUCCACAAGAUAAGCGACUUCGCUUGGUGUCAUGUUUACGUCUUUUCAGAGAUAUUUUUCAGAGAUAACUGCGAUAGUUAUCAAUCUUAUACCAACUGAAGACAUGGCAAGUGUUGCCAUAAAUUAACAUACAUAUAGUAAGCGAUCACGCAUCGCCCUAUACCUGAAACAUCAUAAACAUGUAGCCUGGAUAAAAUAUAGUUAAAUUAUGUCAUUAUUUAUUAAUAAGACCAUGUGCAUUAAUUAUCAGAAGCCAAACACAACACAUGAAUACUCUAUCGCAGGCCAUCGACUGCAUUAAAAUUAUGCCGCUUGAGACUAAGAAGCGAUUCUAUAUAACCUGCCCUUUGAUGGUUCAUGGGGAGAAGAUGCUAUUAAAAUAAGAAGGCAAUACUGCCCCAUUUCGACGUUAUAUGCAGCAGUAAUACUAAAAAAAGUGACAAGGAG